CAAGCUUCCUGCAACUGAGGCUUCAGUCUUACUUGCAGAAAGAGAGCAUUGCCAGAAACCCAGAACUUGCCCUUGGAUCAACCUUUGAAGGAAAAGACGGUAGCAACAAUACCAGUGACAUACAAUGUUUGAGUAAUAAUUCUGGGGUUAUUCAGACUCUAUGCAGAAAUGCGGGUUAAGAAACUGCAUGAAUUUCCAGGGGAAGACAUUUUCUACAGCACUUUGAGGAAAUAAAAUGUAAGAAAAUUGCAUUUACCGUUUCGGACAUUCCUAGAAUUGUGAGAGUCGUAAGAAUAUUGAUGUAAGCGAGUGGGUAUGAAGAUCAAAAAGAAUAGAUCCACGUCAGGCUUUUCUUUUACUCUGAGGUUUGGCUCCCUUCCAUGUUUUCAUGAAAUAAAUUGGCUGUUGCAAAGCAGCUGGUAGCGUUCUGCCGAGUGGAAGUAUCCCAGCAGAGGGACGGAAGCAGGCACAAUAAGGACUAGGAAUGAGAGACAACUCAGGUUACCAGAGCUUCUCAACGAAUUGCAAAAUGGUGCUCCGCUCAGGCCGUGAGAAGCCAUACAGAGUGCCUACUUGUGGAAGGCGAAGAGUGAGAGGGACAUUUCCGGUGAGCGCCAGAUCAGCAGCUGCUGAAAACUCAGAGCUUCAACUGCGGAGAACACUGAGGUGCUAUAUACAGACUGAAGAUUCAAAAACUGUGCAUUUCAACUUAGAUGAAUGUGGUCGUCAUGAAAUAUCAACCAUGGAUUCACAACACCCUGCAGAUACAGCAUGGUUAAGCCUGUUCACAAGCAAGGAGCCAGCAGUUAGAGGAAAACCAAACUCUAAAAACGUGGUGGUCCUCAUGCAGCGAUUAAAGUGUAAUGAAUUUGUGCUGUUGAGCAAGGGUGAAAAUCAACUCUGCCUGAAGGUUUUAAAGGGAUGCUGUUCCGAGCCAGAUCACACUUCAGUGGAAAAAAGCAACAGGAAAACGUGCAAGAAGAGAGGUCUUGACUUCAAAAAGCUGAAGGAAGAUAAUCACUUUUUCAUCAUGCAUUCUGAAGGAGAUUCGGUGAAGUUCCAGUGCUAUGAAGACACAAAUUACUUUCUGCACGUGAAUGAUCACUCACUUGACAUACGCAAGCUGGAUCAUGAUGACCCUGACGGGGAGAGAAACUUUGUCUUCAAGAAAUCUAACAAACAGAAGAGUUACCUACAUUAACUGUGCCUAAAAAUCUGUCUGCUGAGAAAAAGGACAUCUUAAACUGGCUGGAUCUGACCCCAAGCCAUUUCUUCACAGCAAAGUACAUUCUCAAAUAAGGGCAAACCAUGGUUUAAAGAAGUCACAAAGGUAUGUUAAAACAAUUUUACUUUAAUUUUAACUGUAAGAUUGAACUGACACAGAAAUAAAUACACAUCAUGUCUUCAUUAUAAACCAUCUGGAAACCUAAGUGUCGGUGUAUUUGGUGUC